CUGUGGGAGGAAGAUUCGCUAGUACUCUCUCUGGUGCAGUGCGAUAGCUAGGCAUUCCUUGCGACAGUGUGAUCACAGGGCCAUCAAAGCUACUAAGGUCUUUGAACUGUCAUGGCCUUGAAUCCUGAGGACUUCAAUAGUGGGUUCCGGCAUGAAAAUGUGUUAACGUUCAUCAACAAGCAAAUGGCCAGGCACUGGAAAGGCCCGGAGUUCUACCUUGAGAAUCUUUCCAUGUCCUGGGAGGAGGUAGAAGACAAGCUCAAGGGCAUCCUGGAAGACACUGCAUUACCCAGCGAAGCCCAUGAAGCCUGCACCUGGGGCAGCUUGGCCCUAGGCGUGCGUUUUGCUUACAGGCAGGGCCUCUUACAUGGGCACAGGGUGCGGUGGCUACAUGACUUCGCCAGCAUGCACAAGUGUGCUGCACAAAAUUUGGCGGCAGAUCUGAAGCAACUCACUGGCCAGCUGGAGAUGGAGAGAAAGGAGGCGGCCUUCCAGCUUCAACUGACACAGGUGAAACUGUCAGAACUGCAGAAAGAGCGAGACCUGAUGAGAAUGAAGCUGUUUCAUGCGGUAAGAUUACCCCUAGAUUCUCAUCCUACUCCUGCCCCCCAUCCCCACAAUAUAUGUGUCAAAUCCCCAGAACAUGUCUCAGCCAUGCCUACUUCUCUCCAGGAGCUGAAGGCUGCCAGUGAAGCAGGGAAGCUAGCCAUGGCUAACACCACUGCCACUGCUGAAGGAAUAAGAGAGACUGGCAAGAAGGAAGAAGUAGCAGUUAAUGCUACAGGAGAAAGUAGAAGCAAAAUAGAGAAUGGUGUGGCUGCCAUGGUAACUGCAUGUGCUUGCUCCACACCUGAGACCACAGUGGAGACAGAUGGAAGUUUGGUGAAGAAUUUUGAAGGUGUAUACUGGAAAAAUUACCCCAUGGGCUUCCAGCAGGGAGUUUUCAGAUCCAUUGGAACAUCCAUGUAUUCUCUCUCUGGGCCCCUUGAUCACAGCUCUACCACUGAAUCUAUUAAUGUCCAACUCCCUGACUCAUUCACAUACUCAUAUGAAAAUCUCUUCCCAGUCACACCCACUCCAUCCCCACCACCACACAUAGUGACAGAACCUCAGAUGCCCUCCUACUUCAUGGCUUCUGAUAUGAACCUACCUUCUGACAGGAAGGAUUAUGGACCCCAUGAGCAUAAAAAAAUAUUUCGUGGGUCUGGUGAUUGGGAAUGCCCUUGGUGUAAAACAGUCAGUGUUUCACUGAUGGGAAAUUGCUCCCACUGUGGGUGGGGAAUCUAG